UUUGUUGUAGUUUACCCUCGAGUUUCCCUUCAUCCGGGACCUCAUCACGCUAUUGAAGGAAGUAGUUAUACUCUCCCAUCCUGUCACGUGACAGGGUAUCCUGCACCCGAGGUCACUUGGAGAAAGUCAUCCGGUCCAUUACCCCAGGGAAGGGUGAAGUACUACAACAGUGUAUUACAAAUACUCUAUGUUCGUAAAGAUGACUCUGACCUCUACUUCUGUUCAGCAUCAAACCUGUUGGGAAGCGUUGAAAAGAAAACUCUCUUAGUUGUUGUCUCUCCUCCUCGAUUCAUUGUUAAACCACCUACUAAAGUUUUCCCAGGAGUGGGCAGCACUUUGAUCUUACACUGCAAGGCUAAUGGUGAUCCUCAACCUGUCAUCAGCUGGAAGAAACAAGAUGGCCAACUACCUGCUGGACGAAGCCACCAGCUGAUAAAUGGAACUUUAGUUAUAAGAGACAUAACAAUGAACGAUAGAGGGAUUUACAAAUGUAUUGCACCAUAUGCAAGAGUGUUAAAGACAGAAGCCGUGACUUACACCGAAGUUCAAAAAGGUAUAAACCUCUCCAUUACGUAUAUAACGCGUCAUAACUAUCCCUGACUUCAGUGUUAGGACAGAGAACAGUACAUGCAUUGUUUCAGCUCCUGAUCGAUGUUCAUGUGGUAAAUUCUGUCUAUGAUUAGACUCAAGCAAUUUUUGGUUUUAGUCGUUUUCGUUGCCGUCGCCCUCGCCGUUGCUUAUACUUCCUAUUAAUCUUAUUUUUAAGCUUCUCUCAGCAAUUCCUGAAAUAGCGUCGACUACAGCUAGAGAGGCGAUCCAUAUAACUCCCAAACCUUUUUUUGUUUCUUUCUUCUUUUUUAGUUUUGAUCGUAUACGUUGCCUCCGAAAGAAAAGUUGUAACCGUUUUUCUUACUAUAGAUUUAGCCAGGGAGGGCUAAAAGCGAAGCGUCCACUUAUAUAGUUUUAACUCAUGAUAAGCUUCUGAGGCUAUGCAAAGACUGACUGACUAACUGACUUUAAAACAAAGAGAAAAACUUCAAAAUCAAGUUAGAUCGUACUAAUAGUCAUAUAUGGAAAAGAAUUCUGAUCCUUAACUCUGCAUCGCUGAAUCCCCACCUCCUCCACACCUCUUUGAGAAACAAAUAAACCAUGAAAUUUAAUGUGUUAUAAACUAUUAGGCUGGUUGUCAUUGAAGAAACUCUUCCAUUGACUGCGUCCAUUUUACAGUUAAUGUUUCUAGGUCAAUCUUCUCGUCUAUACGCGAUUCAGCCCAAUUGGUAAAAAAAAGAAGAACCGAUUUUUGUGUUUAGAAUAUGCUUCCUUUCCAAAAUUGGACCCGACUAACCGUUACAUAUUAACUUGUCCCUUCAGCUUAUACAGCACAAUAUCUGAUACUCAGUAACCUUUACUGUAAGUUACACUUUUCUGUUUCUCCUGGCGAAAAGACCCAGGGAGGUUGAUAACUUAUUUGACAUUUCCCAAACUGCCCUUUGCGUUUUGUGUAUUUUAAUGCAGCUAAAUGUGCGCUGGUCUUCAACUAUAAAUUAUAAACGAGACAAAUUAUUCCAAAAAGGCGCAGUCCUUUUGGCAAAGUUAAGGGGCCUGUCGUUAAAAUGAUGCAAUCUUGUAUGUACUCUCUUUUCGCCGAGCAUAAACAAUAUGAUUUAACGUGUAAAAACAGGCGCAAAUCACACGGCAUGCCCUAACCAUUUUCCAACAUAAGAUUUCGGAUGUAAACCGCUGUAAGCCCUGGAUUUUGUAAGAUGUAUACCACCAUGUCGUGUCUUUUCCCGCGAUUUUUAAUAAUUAUAAUGCAUUUUCUUUGUCUCGAACGCGUGACUUUAGAUUGUUGUUCAGUCGGUCACAAAAUGUUGAGCCCAGCGUCGACAUUUUUUCGCGUAGACAAUAUUUUCCUUUUUUCGUAGUUUGAUGGGGUUGCAUAAACAAGUUUUCUAGUAUCAACUAUCGUAGAUUUAUAUAUGAAUUUGCUCGUGAAGGACUUGUAAAAGGAGCGAAAGAAUUAAACAGGGUUAAACGCAAGGACUGGAAAUUUCAGUCUACCUAGUGUGUGACCUUCUCAUCGAUGUGCACCACCUUCGUUUUAGGAGCUCUCAGCUCAUCCAGCAUUCUUGACAGCCAUGGCAGCAAGUAUCUUGGCAAGUUGAAUUCAUAUUUAGACCCAGUGCUUCAGACUACAGGCCGCAGCAGGUUUGUGAGGUGUUGGCACGCUAAGACAGAUGGUUGGGAGGCAUCAACAUUUCACAGCAACUGUGAUGGAAAGGGUCCCACUGUAACCAUCGUCCAAGUCGGUAGUUACAUAUUUGGUGGAUAUACUGACAAGUCUUGGUCCAAUCCUAGUAAGUAUUAGUUACAUAUCUGAUGGAUAUACUGACAAGUCUUCGUCCAGUCCCAGAAAGUAUUAGUUACGUAUUUGGCGGAUACGUUGACAUGUUUUGGGGUGGUAAGCAUAACCUUACGGAAGCUUUAAUAGCAAACAAAUUAUAUCAUAGGGGAUAUGGGAUUAUUAACCUAACUGGCCGGAAAACGGUUCAAAAAGAAAGAUUUGGUCCAAAAUGCGGUGUUUUCCUAAAAUUUAGCUGACCGCAAAGGGUAGCAUGAGAAUGGCUAAAUUAGACACUCAGGACUUAAAUUUCUGCUAAUUGGAUUUAAUUAAGCAGCGGCUUUGGUUUUCGCCCAUGCGCAUAAGCCAAAAUGUGAACUUGUUUUCUUUUUGCGACUGUAUUUCGAUUUUUUUUUGUCUCGCUCUCUCUUUCUCCCUUUGCGUUUCUUUUUAUAAGCAGUUUCGUUGCCCACUCUAUCGUCUUUCUUUAGCAGAAAAUUUUGGCUGGCUUUCUUUCCAACCAAGGAAGAAAUUUAAUCUGUAACUGAGUAGUAAGUAAAUAGCAAAAUUGGUAGUGGAUUUUUUUGCCCCAAAUGUUGCUUGAUUUUUUUUUUGCCUGUAACUGUCAGAAUUGGUCAAAAUUUACUAAAUUAGGUAACAGUGGAAAGCUCUUUUCUCGCUUAUUUUACUAACUAGGUUGUACAAAUCUCUGCAAAUCUGCAAAAUUCUCCACUUCAAUCCAGCCACUACAUCUACUGGCGGAAGAUCAUUUUCAAUGCCGCACAGAGUCGGAACCUGGCUGCCAGUAAAGAUGACCCAGCUGAUCAUCCCGCUUGGAACACAUAUAUUUAUAGCUUCCAUUGUCCCCCUUGCUACUUUUUAAAAUUGCUACUAUUUAAAAUUAUUCAAAACAAUUUUAAAUAAUAACUGAGAAAUGCUUUUCCACAGGUUCUUGUCGUUCUGUCUAUUCAAGUAAAUCGUUCCUGUUCUCGCUAUAUAACAUCAAUGGCUACGCUCCUGUUAAGGUGAACAUCAAGUCUAGUCGUUACAGUACCGCCAUAGACACAUGUUCCAGAUACGGACCAACCUUUGGUGGAGCACACGACCUGCACAUAUCCAACAACGCUGCAAGCAACCGCAAUUCCUACACUAGUUGUGGCUACUCCUACCCUCUCCCUCAUGGGUACUCUGCAUAUUACUCUUCCUGUAGAUUUUAUGCAGGUGGAUCCAGUAUCUACUUUACUCCCAUUGAUGUUGAAGUGUUUUACGAGACAACAACUCAAACCCUGUAAAGGUAGAUCACGUCUGCCAACCCAAGCCGAGUAUAAAUACAUCAUAUAUGAACGCAGUUUCGUAGACUCCCAAGGGAAAGUGUUUUAAAUGGAAGUUUUGGUUUGAAUUAAGUAAUAACAAAUUCUUUUAAAGUCAAUUCGGAGAUCGUUCAGGAGCCAGUGAAGAUUCACAAGAAGAACAGGCUGGUAUAAUAUAACAGGACUUGGGUAAAAGAGGAACAACACAAUUGCUAUGCAGCUGCGUUCUGCGCACGUUGGAGCUUUUAUCAUGCGCUUUUAGGUAAACCAUUAUAACAACGAAUUACAGUAUUCAAACUUUAGACUGUUUAGAUCAUGGUUGCAAUUUUAGUACACUAGGUUAAGUUUAAGCUGUCCAGAUGAAGGAAGUGGUGUAUUUCGAGAAUUAAAGUGUUUGACUGUUACUAUAUAGGAAAGCUGAGCGAUUUAAGAGGUACCUAUACGUAUGAAUUCAAUGUUUCCAAAUGAAAUCACAAUUAAUGAGGUUGCAAAUGAAAUAGCAAAGUUGAAUCCAAAAAAGGGUUUUGGCGUAUGAAGGGUUGAGUCCACAGAUGAUUCAAUGUAUUGCAAAUUAAAUAAGUGAGCCGUUAACCCACUUUUUUCAAUUCAAGUUUUAGUACUGGCAAGGUUCCUCAUGAACUAACAUUUCACUAAUAACGCCGGUCUUCAAAGCAAAUGACAACAAACAGCUUACCAACUACAGACCCAUGUCCGUUUGAACUUGUUUUUCAAAGAUUUUGAGAAAAGCUGCUAUACCGAAGGCUUUUAGAUUACAAGUAAGCACUCAACCUUUCUUGCACUCAUGAAAAUUACAGAAAAAAUUAAAAUGGCAAUUGAAAACAAUGAAUUUACGAUUGGAAUCUUCCAGGAUCUGUUUAAAGCAUUUGACACCGUAAAUCACAACGAACUGUUGCAGAAAUUAGAUUUUUAUGGCAUAAGAGGUCUAUGUAAUAAGAUCAUCUUGCCGAAAGGUAGCAAGAUGUUAAAAACAAUUCCACCUAUUCUGAAAACAAUUCGAUAAAUGUGGAGUGCCAAAAGGCUCCGUACUAGGACUGCCGCUGUUCCUGUUAUAUGUAAAUGAUAUUCAGACAUGCUCGAAUUUGCUAUUUUCACACUAUUUGCCGAUGCAGACACUAAUCUGUAUAUUUCUGGCAAGAAUAUUGAAGAACUUGAAACCCUUGAAACUGAGGCAAAUGAAACGUGUACAAGCAGGGGCCCAUAACCCGGAGCGAGCAUCCCCAUUUUUAGACACAUUUUUGGGCAAUUUUUCCCGCGAAAAUGGAAUCUCCGACACGUCUAUGAACGCAUUCAAAAUGUAGGAUAUCAAAAAGGAAAACGUAACGUCAUUAACAGGCAAAAAUUAUUAUUUUUAGGUUUGUAGGUUUUGCUGACUGGUUUGUGGGACUUUAAAGAUAUUCUAAAUUCUUGUUAAAACCUUUCUAAAAAUAAACUGGUCUUUAAAAACGCCGUGACACGAGUACAUGGAAGUUGCUCGUUCCAGGUUAUGGGCUCCUGGUACAAGUAUGGCUUGAAGACAGUCAGUUGACGUUGAACCUAAAGAAGGUUGACUAUAUUAUAUUUAAAUCCCAUAAGAAAAAAUGUAAGAAAGAACUGAAGAUUACGCUGCUGAUUAGAAUAAAUAUGACUUACAGAAAUAAUAAAGGUAUUAACACUAGUUUCUUAGGAGUAAUGAUAUAUGAGAAUCUAACGUGGAAAAAUCAUAAACUAUUUAACAUGCAAAAUAGCAAAAACAGUAGGAAUUUUAUGUAAGGCUCGCCAUUUUAUAAAGAAUGAUUAAUUAUUACAUCUGUAUUCCUUACUGACAUACCCUCACCUUAUUUAUGAUAAUAUUUUCCGGGGUAGUAAUUAUAAGAUAGGACAGGACAGACUGAUCAAAAUACAAAAGAAAGUAGUGCGUGUGAUAACUUUUUCCUCGUACACUGAGUCAUCAAAGCCGCUCUUUCAAAAAUUGAAUAUUUAAUAUUGAACAAUUAACUUCAGCAAACAAUCCUUUUGCACACACCCCACAAGCCUAUGAAGGAAGGAGGUGUCUGUAUUGUGGAAUCAUGACAAAGGUUUAGUACCAGCGAGUACAGAAUUGCAAGCUCACCUUAAAAGUCUUAAGAGUGUGUCCAUGAGAAGACCAGGCAGAACCAGGCAGGGGGUGAUAAUGCUCAAAUCACCGAUUUCGCUCAAACUCGGCACAAAUGUUAGGUAUCAGGAGUUAACUUAUGUGAAAGAAUGUCAGGUCCAAAUAUUAAAUUCCCUGGGAGAUCCGGGCUCCCCCUGUAAAAAUCGCCAUUUUGCCCGUUUUAUACAUAAUUAAUUAGCUAACUUUACAAUGCCAGUGCAACAAACAGAAAAGCCACCCUGAACUUAAAUGCACUGAGAGAUGAUCUGAGUUCAUAAGACUUUAAGCACGUUAAACUGUUUAAAGUCGCCGAUUCGAUUUCCUCCCUCUUAGCCCCCUUAGGUUGGGUCAUCAUUUCCAAGUUUUGAGUAAGUCGUAAAAUUAGGGUAUUUUAUUCCCAAAUAUCUCUGAUGAGCAACAGCUUAUCUUUAUAACUUUUGCAUGAGUAGUUAAAGCCAUCACUUAAGUUGAGAAAAAGAUCAUAAAAAGUUUGGGCAAUUCACUUUCUUCCAUGUGUUGACAUAAACUGUUCAUGUGACUGAACGACUUUUUGCAUAUUUCAUCAAAAUUCAGGCCCUCACAAUAUUCGUGUGUUUGCCUUUGAAUGAGGAGAAAUCAAACAAAAAAACUCAUCAGACAAUGAUUUAACAUUAAUAAAGGGUAAAAUCGUUGAAAUUGUUGUGCAAGAAACCCUAACGAUGAUUUUUGAUAGCUAUAUAAGCGAUCUUUUCAACUAAAAACAACAUACAAAGAUUUAAUUCACAGUUUUACUUACGUUAACAAUUUCGCCCUAAAAACAAUAUAAACGGUCAAUAAAAUCCAUAUACGUAUCUCUUAGAUGUUUCAACUGCUAGUUUGUGCACGCUUUGAUUUGUUCCCCAUGCCACCUUCGAUGUCCAGUUAAGCGUAGUUCAGCGCCGUGACUCGCUGUACGACUAAAAUUCCUUAGCCAUCAGUUUACGCACCAAAAUCCAAAUCAAGUUGUUUUAGGAGAAAACAAUACGAAAAGUAGAAAGCCGAUUUUUAACCCAUUGAAAGAAUUAUUUCUGCCACUGUUGUAGCUCAAUUCACAUGUUACAAACGUCCGCCAUCUUUGACAUUAACUGGAGCCCGCAUUUUUAAGCAGCGGUUGCCACCAUACGGAAACAUCGUAUCGGGAGUCAGGAGCCAGGAGCCAGGAUCCAGGAGCGAGAGUCCAGUGAACAAAAUUCAGUCGAAAAUAUGACUUUCCGACAUUCUUUGAGAUUAUUUUAUUGUUAUUGUAUGCUAAUAAAUAAUUUAGAAUUCCAAAUCUAUUGGCAACUUUAUUCAGACCAUGAUAAUAAAUGAUCCCAUGUCUUCUCAAACUCGAGGAUAGAAGUCGCUUUGUCUUCGUGUUUUGGAAAGAACUAUUUAUUGUAUUUUAGUCGCACGUGAAAUAGCAGCGAAGUGAAGUCGGAUCUUCGUGCAGACCAGUUCAAAGAGACAAAUAAAGCGUGAGACACGUCCAAUUUGGCUUGCGACAAGAAUAAUUUUUUUUUUUUCAUACUGGAGUCCCUUCUCCCCUGGGGAGUGGCCAAAUUGCGUACAAAUGCCCUACCCUGCUGGCACCAGAUUUGACUGUCAUAAACACUGAAUUUUUUAUCUAGCACUGUCGUUUGCGGGUCUUAUAAAGCCUAACUGUGGCAGUAAUGUUCCCAAGUAGAACUCAAAAUACACCACACUUUCACAUUGAGUUAGAUAUUUUUCUCAAACAACUGCUUCCAUAUGUUUAACACCCUUCCCAAAUUGUAAUACAGUGGAAGCUCUCGUAAGAGGACACCCUCGGGAAGAGAAAAAGGCGUCCUUAACUGGAGCUGGCCGCUUACAACAAUGAAUCUCAUACGGUAACUCUGAAACGGAUAUAUAAGAAUGAUUCAUAACAGUGACAAACAGCAAUGACUGUGGACAUGAUAUGAAAAAAAAAAAACAACAACAACAACAUUAAGAGGUGGAUAAGAUUUUCUUUCGAGUGUCUGCUUACGAGAGCUUUAAAUCAAAGCUAACAUCUAAUUCACCGGUAAACCCUUUAAGUGUCCGCGGCCGCCUACGGGAAUGUAAAAAUCCAGAGUUUGUGUGGAAGUUGAAACGGGAUUUUGUGAUGGCGGUCGUAAGUAGAGCUAUUCGCUAUAUACGAGAGUGUCCGUUAAGAGAACUUAAUCCACUGUAUGAAUCCGCAAAUGACAGCUUAAAUGAGAAGUUAAUAUUUAACAAUUAUUCUUUGAAAUCGAGGUGAAUAGUGGCAAAAUAUUUACCGAGACGCGAAAGCGGCGAGGUAAAUAUUCCCAAAGCCACUAUUCACCGAGAUUGAAAAGAAUAAUUGUUUUAGUAUAUACACAUGAAGUGAUCUCAACAAAAUCAGAGAGGAAACCAUUCAAAAGUACGAUUUGAUUGACAGAUCAAAUCACGCGUAAGUUUAAAAAUAGAUCUUUGCAGAAAUUUCAAACAUGGCAAUUCACAAGUUUAUCAUUUCGCAAACAACAGCGUAAUGGCUUAAAUGGAACCGCUAAAAGUUUGAACUGUUUCCUUACCUGAGAAGAAAAGUAGAGCUGUGUUGUUUUCUGUUGACUCGCCACGUUUAUAGCCAAAAGGGUUUGUUGUGUCGUUCUUCGCAUGAAGUGCUGACAAAAAUGGCGGCUCAUUUGCUCGAGGUAAGACGUCGUCUUUCUGUAUCAUUCUUUUUCCUGUUUACUUGAAACGUAGAAUUUCUGCAAACAUUUCCUUUUAAAUUUGUUUGUCAUAAAUAAACUUCGAUUUUUGAGCCAAAAUUGUCUUCUUAGAAAACGGAAACGGCUUCUUCUACGCGAAUACACGGGAGUUGUAAACAAUCCAUCGAGCACAAAACUCCUGCUACUACUGAGUGCUACAGUAAAUUGAAAAACGCCGUAUUGAAUCCUUCCAAGUCUUUUCUUGCCUUAAAAAAAGUCAGCCCUAGGAUUCUGUCGACUUUUAAAAGAUCGUUCUCUAAAAAAUGGGAAAAACACUGAGCUCACACAUUAUCCACUCGCUAGGAGGUGAAUAUUGUUGAAUAGUCCGAGAUAGCGAACCAAUCAGAUUGCUUAAAUCACCAAGAUCACUGAGUGUGUAUAUACUAAAGUGUAUUAGUCUGUGUUCAAGAAACUGUUCUUUUACACCUUCCUUGAAUAGCGAAAGAAGUCUUGUCGACUUUUUUUGCAGUGUAUUAGUGCCUCCUUUUGGGUCUUUUGUAUUCCUCAGAAGUUUUUCCUCAACACUUUUAUAAACGGUUAUUAUUAUAUUUUUGUAGUCAAUAAUAUACCCAGAUACAGAUACCAACCUGUAUAGUUGUAAGACUACGACGAUUAAAAUACAAGUAAGUAAGUCAGUAUACCCAAUGGCAAGUCAUUAAUUGUCUAAAAAUUGCACGGCACGGUCUGACUACGAAAAGGGCUAUUAUGGACGAUUAUUAUCAUGGUAAUUAAUGUCAACACCGAAUAAACUCAAAAUUUCAAGUAACACGACUUUCGCAACCUAUUUUCAACACACCAGUUAUAACAGGAUAUUGGCGCGUACAAACAAUAGGUAGCGUAUUCCGCAUUCCGGAGUCCGGUAGUCCGGCGUCACAGAUUCCAUCGUUUUGGCAGAGUCCAAAGUCAAAGAUGGAGGGUGUUCGAGCAGGUGGUUGUUUUCCGUAGAUAUAGACGGAUUGUCAGUGAUCUUUCUUGUCCUUUGAGAAUGAUUUUGUUCAUUCUGACUACAACUUAUUUCAAAGACUUCGAAUGUUCGGUGAAAAGCCGACAAUUUUAAUUUUGCAAUGUUUCAAGAUGUUUCGAUUUCAUUACCUCGUCACGAAGUAACGCCACAGAGGACCAGACGAAACUGGAGCAGCAAAUCUGAACUAAAGCAUCUGAGAGACGUGUAUGUAACAUUUAUUCACUAUCUUUUAUCCUUGUUGGGUCUUGUUUCACCUACAAGUUGGACCGAUCGAGGUUUUGAACUAAAUCUUUUGCUCCUUGUGUUUACUCAAGCGUUCCAUAAAAUAUCCAUCCAAACGUCCAUAAAUAACACAGAAAACAUGCCUCAGGUGACACUUUCUAACAAUUCCGCUAUUAGUAUCGACAAUGAGGCAUCUGAUUUGUGACUUCUCGCCAACUUUGUGCUAUUUUUGUUUAGAAAAACGAAUGUUACGUUUCCUCGUAUUUUGGUCAAAUGACAAAAAGAGUCAAGUCAGAUGUACAUAAUACGUCAUUAUUGAUAAAGUAUGAGAUUGCCCAAAUAUUUUAUGAUUGAUUUGAUAACCUUAAAGAUGUCUUUCAAAGAAUAUGUGAGAAUUAAGUACAUAGGUUGUUGCUCAUGGGAGAUGUUAGCCACUAAAAUACCUUAAAUUUAGGGUUUGGUCAAAACAGUUAGAAGAUGUCUUUACUUUAGGCUAAAUAAUAGGAAGAUAUGGAAUUAGAGAGUAAAAAUAAAUUACUGAGCAUUAAGUCUGAUAAACAUAGAAGAUGAUAAAGUUGAUUAGAUUUGAAGUUGUCUUUUCUUCUUGUUGAACAGCCAAACCAAAGUUAGCUAAUUAAUUAUGCAAAAAUGAGUAGAUUUUGUCGUUUUUAGGGGGGGUCCCUGUAAAUCCCAGGGAAUUCAAUAUUGCGACCUUAUUUUUUGUCGAGGUUAAUAUCUCACCACACCCAUCAAUUGUGCCAAGUUUGAGCGAAUUCCGUGAUUUGAGCAUUAUCACUGCCUGCCUGGUUCUCUCAUGGACACACUCUUAAACUUCCAAAAAUGCUUUUGAGCGGGUUAUUAACAUCAGAAAGAUGAAAAUUAAGUUACUUAAUUUAAUUCGCUCGGUUUUGGUUUCACUUAUGCGCUUUACUUGAAAGAAACCUUUUUAAAGCGAAUAGAUGGAUUGGCCGAGGUACGCCGUUACAACGCCAAUCCCACGCCUUUUGAAAUAUGCUUUCUUUCUUACUAGUAAUAAUACCUGUAAUGAUUAGCUUUCACAGCGCGCGUAAUGCGCCUUUGUGCAGACGUUUGAAAGGGAUGAAAGAAAGGGGAAACUAAGACACCCAAGCGCGGGGGAGCCUAUCCUGUUUCUUUAAAAGUUUGUCACGCAGGUUGGGCACCAAUUGAACAAAUAAUAAUAAAUAAAAAAAUGAAAAGCAGCAUAUAAAGAUAAAAGUUGUAAUAACAUAUUUGAAGAGUAUGAUCAAAAUAUACAUUCAACUCUAAGACUACGGACACCUGGUGUUGGGCCCUGUCGUUUUUCAGUCAUUUUACUGUAACUAUACUCUCUGUAAGACGUACACCUCUCUAAGACGGACAACGGACACUUUUGAAACCGUCAACAGACAAUUAGGAGGUGCUUUAUGUAGUGAAAAAUACCGCAAAACGGUAAUGUAGGUGCUGUACAUGACAGUAAAUUGUGAAAAUUUUUGAUACUUUGUAGUCUUGAACCAGUUCCUAGAGUGUAUACUGUUACGCUUUCAGAUCACGAAGCCGUGAACGUUUAGUUGUAAUGAACGCUUGAUUGCACGAUGAGAAAAUGAUUCCACUUUCCGUCUCAAGUCCCAGUUUUAGCUGUUUUCAGUACAAAUUAAAGACUCAUAAAACAGACGUGUAUUCAUUGCUAAGAGAUUCAGCUUAAAAAUAAAAUUGGUAUCACGAUACCUCGAUCGCCCUAUUAGCCGGACGUCUCUCUUAGACAGACAGUCAGAGUCGGUCCCGAAGGUGUCGGCCUUAGAGAUGGUUGACUAUUUUUUAGAUGAAAUUGAAGAAAACUAAUGAAUGAGAAGGGAUGAAUGUCACUAUUACUCACUGCCGUCUAACUCCUAGAGAUCCAACAAAACUAUCUGAAAAAGGAUGACAAAUAAACUUUAUUAAAGUCUGGAGAUAUCAUUAAACGGAAACUGUAGUCAAAACAAAUGUGACUCUUGAGUCUCGUAACAAUCGGCACCAGAGAAUAUUCAAGUUCAAGGGUGAGGGGUACAGGAAUCAGAAUUUAGACCGUCGAACUCCUCAGUCUCUUUUUUCUGUUACAACGAUCUCUCCCUUUUACAUUGUAUCCCUUAAUUUUUGGCUUACAUCUACAUGUUGACAAGAAGAGGACUUAAGCGCUAUUUUUGCUUUACCUUUGCGAGUCAAUCAGUACUUAGCUGUACGAACUUCCUUUAAAAGUGAUAGGUAACUAAAGUAAAAUGUUGUUGUGUAUCGUAUUCUCUGUUUUCACUGUCACGCCAUCAAAAAUAGAAUUGCAAACCAGUCAAUACAGACAGUCCAGAAUCUGGGCAAUGAAACGGAGGGUAAAUAUAGCAGAAGCCUCGCCUAGAAUCAGGUCUGUGCGUUUUACCCAAAUUUAGAACGCUUUGUAAGGAGACGCCAUGUUGGUGUCCCUUUGGGGGCACAAUUAAAUAUGGCCGCCGAAAACUAACAGAAACAUCAGAGUCUGUUUUUGAGUUUUCCUACGUAACGCAUGAAUUCUUUUAUUGAGGAACUCAUAGAGAUCAGAACAAAUAUAACUUUUUAAAGUUAUAUUUAUUCUGAGACAAGGAAUGUUAAGAGAGCAAAGUCUCAAAAAAAAUUGGUAAAACGUUUUUAACCCAAAUAAUAGCUUUCCAGGCUCCCAGCUAAACGGCCGCGUCACGCAAAACCCUGAAAGUUCAAUCGUCCUCUAUUGCAAAACAUAGAACCCUUUCGAACAGAAAAUUUGUAAGUGCUGUCAGUAAUACCUCGCGAUAAUAUAUUACUUUAAAUUUUGGUGACGUCAUUUGAAAACCGAGAAUACGGAAGGGAUUUACAUGUAAAUGUACAUAUCGCAAAACAGCCGAACUACUGGAAUUCUGAAAAGUCACGAUAAUGUACGUUUGAGAUAGUACUAGUAAGUCUCUUUCUCUUAUUGUAUAAAUUUUCCUUAAUUUUGCUUUUUGCAUGGUUUUUCAGUAAAUACGUUAAGGCACGUGCAUGUUUCUAAAAUAACACGUGUUACAGCAAAAACGACAACAGCGCAAAGCAUUAAAAAGGAACGUGGUCGCUGCAAGCCGAUAACUGAAGCCCCUUAUGAAAAACUUCCUGGCUUAAAGUGAACUUUGACUCUGCGGAUGAUAUUACAGACAAGAUAAGAGGAGUACAAAGUUGGCAAGAUACCUAUGAAUCGUGAUCUUCGCAUUGACUAUCAGCUGUUACAACAUUUAACAAUUCUUGCCAUAUGUAAACUAAUCAUCAGACCAUGAUGGCCUCUCAGAAGCAGAGUUUGCCUUCCUUUACCUCGAUUCUGUCUGUUUUAUCGAUUGUUUUUUACUGCGCCGGUUUUCUGAGAGUAGAAUUGGAGCUAAACGAACAGAAGAAGAGAAUAAACGCCCUUGAAAACAACGAGGAGACUGCGCCGUCAGACGUCCCUAACCUUAACCAGUUAGCUAAGAAAACUCGUGGUAAGUCUUUUCUAUUCUAGUUUACUAAGAGUAUGAAUAUUUUACCGUAAAAGUAUCACACAGAAUGUUUAUUUUAUUUUUGCUCUAAAAAUAACUCUGCGAUUUUAGAAAAUAUCCUGUCCUUGCGUUUUCGUGGCGCAGAACUAGUAAAGAAAACCGAAGGUGAACAGGUCAUCAUAUGCUUUCUUUGUAGGGAAGAAAUAUUCAAAACAUCGACUUUUGAUCACUUGAUGAUCUUUGUUUCUCAAAAGUAGGUGAACUGUCUUAUUGUGUCAAAUAACACCUGAACUUUUUAAGUUUCAGAAACCGAGCAUCGAUCGGACGAGUAAUUAUCAUUCCGAGCUUCUCACUCAGUCUCGUCUCAAUAAGCAAGUUUUCUUAUAAGGAAUAUUAAUAUUUUCUAACCUGAUUCCCUUUGCUUAUAAUUGAGUCAGCAUGCCAUUAAAAACGUGGUGAUUGGGAGUAUAUAUUGAAACAGUCGUCAAAUUUGAGUAGACAACACUUUAUUUUCUCGCAGAAGAAAAGCCCUCAUUCCUUUUUGGCGAACAAACAUUGUUAUGUUUGGAGUUAGUGGACCUUUUUCUUUUUCCUAGAUUGACCUGUCAAUCACGAGGAUAGUCUGCAUGUUGUAUUUUCGGAAGAGCAAUGUUUUUAUUUCCUGUCUAUAGCCUGUGUACAGACCCCCCGGCUCCCCCCAGGAAAAAUAGGAGAACGGACCCCUUCUCCGAUUUUUCCUGAGGGGAGGUGGAGUCUGUACACAGGCUAGCCAGUCAAUUUCUCUUGUUUUGAAAGCAGAGAGGCGAAUAAGUGAGAUCAGUGAGGCUGAGGUGAGGUCCUUUCCUAAUCUCCUUCUCUACCAGCUGACCAAGUAUUCAAAUUUAUUUUUAGUGCUAUAUUACCCAAAGUACCAAACGCCUGUCAUCUCUCUCCUUGGAAAACCUCGCCUGAAAACCACGCCAAAAUGAGAUCACCUGAAUCGCCGGCGAAUGUUACAGUCAUUUUUACUGUAUAAAAUUCUUGGACUCUCGUUACUACAAAAACAUAAAUUUUUAAACUUUAACAACGACUCCACAAACAAUACAUUAAAUUACAUAUAGUCAUAUACAAUGCUUUAAUUUACUAUACAGUGUGCUAACUAAACCCAUCACUCUUCUUAUAUUGAUUAAACGUCAACAUUUAAUGCAACCUUUGAAAGUUUAGACUCAACUGUGAGUACCUGUAUAACUACCUUUCUAAUUUCACGCCUCUGCGUUUUAGUCAAUUCCCUUAUCUUCUACUUAAUUCAGUGUUAAGGCCAAUUUUUCAGUAGCUGCCUUUUAUGUAAGUUCGUUCAGUUUUUCUGACAUUUUUCUGCACUGGCGUUUUUUUCCUUGUAUUUAGUUUUGUUUUAAUUCCCACUUCAAGUGACGUCUGGCAUUAGCAUCUCUACAUUAGAGAUCCGGAAAGAAAGAACCAGUCAGUUUUAUUUACGCGUUAAGUGGACCUCUGCAUUGAAGGGUAUUUACUAAGAUUAACUAGAGGUAGAGGGUUCUCUGCUUUGGUCUUUAGCACUGACAUAUUAAAAACGUUCUUUGUAGAAUCUGAAUACGCCAAGCUCCAUAGAAAUAGGCGAGCAGCCGAUGUACUGAAAAACACCACGGGAGCUAAAAUCACAGUUGACAGGGAAACAAUUCUGAAGAUAAACAAACUGUUAUCCGAGCUAAAACCUCAACUCUGUCAUUCAAAUGGCGAUAGCUGUCUCCCAGGUCCUCCCGGUCCACCGGGACCGAAGGGAGACAAAGGAUCCCGAGGACGAAGAGGACACACAGGACAAUCAGGAAAUAAAGGCGACCAGGGCAUUAUGGGAUCUCCUGGAAAAAGUGGCAAGCAAGGCAUCAUGGGACUUGUAGGUCCGAAGGGUGAGGCUGGACUAAAGGGACAAAAAGGAGACAUUGGACCUACAGGCAUGCCGGGAGUUAAAGGAGUACCUGGUGAAUCAAUUUCAGCUCCUAUUGUUGCCUUGUCUCCUAAAACACUGACAGUUAACGAAGGUAGAUCAGCUUCGUUUCAGUGUUCAGUGAGUGGUAAUCCUAAACCUGCAAUCAAUUGGAGUAAACGGAACAGCAAGUCACAAAUAAGCCGAUCAUUGGCUUCAGAAGGAAAGUUGCUUCUUACGAAUGUCCGAGGAAGUGAUUCGGGUACAUAUAACUGUUCAGCGGUUAACAUUUUAGGACAGGCGCAGGCACUGGUACAGCUGAUAGUAAACGGUAAGACCUUUAUGAAAUUUAAAAAAAUAAUAAAUAGUAAGAAACCAACCGUCCUGUCCUUACAUUUUGCUUCGGAUACAUUUUUUUUCAAAACAUAGUAAAAAAAAAGGUUAUACACAACUGAAUAUCAUAAUUAUGUUGUUGUUGUUGUUUUUUUUUCUUCAGAGCUAUUUAUGCUUUUCUCGUGGCUUAGUCAGCCGUAUCGUAAAAUCUAGCCUAAAAUCCUAGAAUCGUCUUAUCAAUAAAACGAAUUGAAAGCAAACCAGUCAAAAUAUUCUAUCUGUUCCAGUUCACCCUCCAGUUUCCCUUCAUCCGGGACCUCAUCACGCUAUUAAAGGAAGUAGUUAUACUCUCCCAUCCUGUCACGUGACUGGGUAUCCUGCACCAGUGGUCUCAUGGAGAAAGACAUCCGGUUCAUUACCCAAGGGAAGAGUGAAGUACAACAACGGUACACUACAAAUUCUUCAUCUUCGUAAAGGUGACUCUGACUUCUACGUCUGUUCAGGAUCAAACCUGUUGGGACGCGUUGAAAAGAAAACUCUGUUAGUUGUUGUUUCUCCUCCUCGGUUCACUGUUAAACCACCUGCUAAAAUUGUUGCAGUGGUCGGAGGUACUUUGAAGUUAAACUGCAGCGCUACUGGUGAUCCACAACCGGUUAUCAGCUGGAAAAAACAAGGGGGUCAACUGCCGGUCGGGCGGAGUCAGCAGAUUAAUGGCUCCUUAGUGAUAAGAGAUAUAUCAAGGAACGAUAGAGGAAAUUACAUUUGUAUGGCAACGAAUGCAGGAGUGUUUAAGGCUGAGACUGGAACCUACACUGAAGUUAGAGGUGCGAUUUUAUAUAUAUGACUAAGACAUUUGGAAUAUCUGUCAGCAUAUAUAUACGUUUCAAAAGACAGGUUAACGAAACUUUCAUCCAUUUUUUACACUUACACUUGAAAGGAGCGGGGUGGGGGCAAGGGGAGAGCAAGUUUUGUAUAUUCUUUGGAAAUAUUUUGGUGAUGUUUAGGGAAACAAAUUGUUGCUAUGAUUACUAGAUAUACGGUUUUUAAUGAAGUGAGGGAGUAGAAAGAGAGUGCGAAUAAUUUUGUUCGCGCUUUUUUGUGCCAACAAUAUUUUCAUAGGUUUGAGGUUUUCAGUGAAAUCGCACUUAAAUGGCCGCCAUGUUAUAUAAUGUCUCAGUUUCCCAACAACGUCCGAGUAUGGCAGAAUUGUACAAUAACUUGUAGAAUUCAUUUUUUUGUUUACUUCAACACGCAGCAGGGAUUAAAGUUAAAUUCGGCGAAGAGACUGAGAGUAUUUUGGUGAUGGUUCAUGAUGAUUUGGUGUUGGGUUUUUUUUUUUUUUUUUUUUAAUGGAAGACGGUAAGGAAUUGGUGACAUCGAUCUAAAGUAAAUUUCUGAAACCUUCAAAAUUAGCAGUUUUUAAUUAGGCUUGAUAAAGCACCCCCGCUCUUUUUAGUAAUAUACAUAAUUUCCAUAGCGUCUGUUUUGUUUUGUGUUAUCUUUUGAAGAACGCAUCUCCUCAUCCACUAUUCUUAGCAGCCUUGACAGCAAGUACCUCAUUAAGUUGAGUUUAUAUUUAGACCCAGUCCUUCAGAGUCCAGGUCGCAGUAGGUUUGUGAGGUGUUGGCACGCUAAGACAGAUGGUUGGGCGGCAUCAACAUUCCACAGCAACUGUGAUGGAAAGGGUCCCACUGUAACCAUCAUCCAAGUCGGUAGUUACAUAUUUGGUGGGUACACUGACAAGUCUUGGGGUGGUAUGUAUCAGUUCAUAACAGCUUUAUUAGCACAAACAGGGAGAUGA